GAGGAGGAGGUUAUGCAUUUGUCGUCACUCACCGUGUGGUUACGUAUAAAGAAAUGUGUUCAUUUUUUUCUUCACAAAGCUUUAUUCCGCUCGAAUAAUUGAACAAACACGAUUCGUCAGGUAACCAUGAAUGACGUCAACGGGCCUUAAGUAAAAACGAGGCUAUUGCAGCGGCACUUGUUAAUGUUGCAUUUUGAAGAAAUACAGGAUGGAUCCUAUGUCUCCCGAAGGCCAUAGUUGGUCAAUUCUUCAAAAAUUAAAUGAACAGAAGUCUAUGGGUCUUUUCUGUGAUGUUUCUCUAAUGGUAGAAGGCAAAAUAUUUCUUGCCCACAAAAAUGUCCUGUCUGCUUGCAGUGAAUAUUUCUAUGCAGCUUUAAGCAGGAACGAGCAACAACAGUUUCUUGUACUUGACAAUGUUUGUUUGGAGGGCUUCAGCCAUCUGCUGGACUUUAUAUACUCCUACAAAAUUCCUACCUGUCAUGUCCAAGAUUUUAUGCAAGCUGCACAAAUGCUACAGGUCAACCUCCCACUCACUGUUCAAGUGGUCAGUGUGUCCAGCAGUCCUCCAAGGAAUUCCCCAAAAGAAGAAAUUUGCAUCCCAGAUGAAGAUUACAAUGUAGAUGAUAGUGUGUCAGAGAUAAGGGAGGUUGAGGCACAACAGUUAAGAAGAAGCAAGGAUGACAACAUUCAAAGUGCUGGAAACUCCAUCUACAAUGAGGAAAGAAGGCGUUUUGAGCCGGUGGCCCAUCUGAGUGACAAACCCAAAAUGCAUAAAAGACCUUCAUUUUAUAAAGAGUCAUUUGUUUUUAGGAAUCCAAAUUUCUUUGUAAGCAAACCUGUUGCUACAGCUGGACGGAUAGUCAGAGGUACUUCUGGGGAUGAACCUCGGGGAGGUUCUUUUCUUGGCCCAGGUUUUUCCAGACAGAUGCCUAUUACAAUACAUAAUGAUGUCUCUUCAGAAGAAGCAGAUGAUGAGGGUACUGAAGUGUGCAUAAACUUAUGUGAUGAACCAGACACACCUGAUAGUUUGGAACCUUUGGCUAUUAAUGAAUUGAGGAUGCAAAAUGAGUCUGUGAAUCCUACCAUUUAUUCUACAAUAGUUGGGUUACAAAACAGAGGAGAAGUGGUGAGAGUAGGAGGAGAUGAAAACCAUGCUGAUGUUCAUAAAUGUGACAGAUGUGAGCUACUGUUGACUUAUUCAGAAUAUCUUAAUCAUCAAGAUGACCCUGGAGUGAACAUCUUUCAGUGUAACUUCUGUGAAAAACAGUUUAACUACAGCUGCCAACUUUCCCUGCACCUCUCAAGUCACCAUGACAAGAAGUUUUACCCGUGUGACAAAUGUGGAAAGGAACUAAGUACCCUAAAAAAGUUGCAUGAUCAUUUAGCUUACCACUCGGAUGCAAGACCCCACAAAUGCCCCCUUUGUGACAAGGCAUAUAAGGUGAAAAAUGAUCUUACACAACAUGUCAGAUUGAAACACGUAGAAGCCACUACUGGGAAGCAACCAUUGUUGCAACUGUGUGAAUUUUGUGGCCAAGCCGUCAAGCAUUACAAAAGCCAUCGAAUAUUUUGCAGUGGUGUAAAAAAAUUUAAGUGUGACUUUUGUGUGCAAUCGUUUCACCGUAUUUCUGAAUUAAAGCGGCAUACAUGGACUCAUACUGGGGAACUUCCUUACCGUUGCAAAAUAUGUGGGAAGGGUUGCAGACACCCUAGUAAUAUGAAGAAGCACAUUCGUACUGUGCAUAAGGCAGAUAUGCGUGUUCAGAUUAACCGCGAGCAUGCCUCUCCCAGAUUCUGCAAAAACAGAAGGCCUCCAGCAAGCCAUGAAGACCAGAUGCUACAGCAGGCUUUACCUGCUAACCUCUCCAUGAUGCAGACAGUUGCUGGUACUGCAUCAGAUGAAGGUGUCCAAAAAGUCUCAUCAGUGUCUCCUGUGUCUCUUUCCUACAUCUCCAUCUCUGCUAUUGGAGGGCACUCGGCCAAUGAUUUUACCUCUUAUGACUCUCAGAAUGUGUCCCCCGGAACAGUUAGGCCUAUUUAAAAAAGUGAGGUUUUGAUGUGUCAAACUUCAAUUUACAGUAUUGGAAAUAAUACAUUGACCAUGCCUGUUUUUCAGGAGAACAAUACCUAUAAAAUGGAUUUAUUUUUUCCUGUAGCUGCUCCUUCUAUAAAGUACCGUAGGCACCAAAGGGAAGCGCAGAUCAGACAAAAAGAGAUUGUACUUCUGUAGAGGGAAAGGUAGGUUCUUGGGAACACAAGCAAAACGUCUUUGAAAGUAUAGUAUGGCUAUGGCCUUCAAGCUAAGAAUAUACUGACAUUUUUAAGUUUUAUUUACGUUCUAUUUGCUGUACCUGGAAGAAAUCACACUUAAUGAAAGCCAAAACUGCUGCUGGGGGUGGGCCGAUGAACACAUAUAACCUCCCCCCAAUAUUUACUAUGGGUUUAAUUUUUUUAGAUUGUUCUACAUCCGAACACAUAUAACCUCCCCCACAAUAUUUACUCUGUGUUUAAUUUUUUUAGAUUGUUCUACAUCCGAAGAUCCUUCCCUGUCUCUUGCAAAAGUUAUAGCAGAUUCCUAAAGUAUGAUAGAAAUGUUGUCAAGCCAAGCCUCAAAGUAUCAGUGAGGGUCUUCAAACAACCAAAAUAAAAAUGUGCCCUUUAUUAUCAAACAGAUCAAAAUUAAAUUGAUGUAAUACCAUAUUGACUUGUAAUUGACUUGUGUAAUUCAGAACAUAACUAAAGGAACAAAUUGGAGAAAUAUUUUACAAUUGAAAA